AGCUGCUUUACGGUUAACUCGGCCUCCAGCGAGCGUGCAGAGCUUGCGGCUUCUGGUUUGCUGCACGUGUGGCGCUGUCGGUGACCUGUUUGGUAAUUUCUCUUGCUGCGGUAGCGUCACAGCGAAGAACGGAGUGGCAGCAUCGGCCUAGGCUCGUGAGCUGAUGGAGUUUGCAGCUGAGAAGGAAGGGACUCCGGGAGGAGGUCCCCAGAGGGUAGCUGAGGGGGCGCGGCCGAGGCCCGCGGCUGGUGGGGAGGGAGCCAGGGACUUAGAUGGGAGCCCCGAAGCUGGCAAUGGAGAGGAGAGGAACGGACUGACAGGAAUUAACAUCACAGAGGAUGCGGAGGAGAUAAAGAUGGACUUAGCUGUGGUGAAGCAGGAAGUAGUGGACUGGUCGGAUUUAGACUACGGUAUUUCGAACAGCCCCUGGGUAAAGCAGGAGGUGGAGGGCGGGCCUGAGGUGAAGGAUGAGAAAGGCGUGUUGGAGGUGAAGCAGGAGGCGGAGAGUAGCCUGGUGGUGAAAGAAGAGGAGGUGGAUGAGCCAGAAGUCAAGGAAGAGAAAGUGAAGGUGAAGGAGGAGGUAACGGACUGGGAAGAAGUGAAGGAGGAGGACUUGAACGUAAAACAGGAGUUGUUUGUUGGUCAGAACGUAAAGGAGGAGCAGGUGAUGGACGGAGUGCCCGUAAAAGAAGAGGAUUGCCUCAAGAGAGAAGUGAUGGAAGACACAAAGGUGAAGGAAGAGCCUCAGAUGAAUCCCCGAGUGGGCUGCAAGAGGAAAUUGGCUAUGUCAAGGUGCCAGACUUGUGGGACAGAAGAAGCAAAGUACAGAUGUCCGCGCUGCAUGCGAUAUUCCUGCAGUUUGCCCUGUGUAAAGAAACACAAAGCGGAACUGACGUGUAGCGGAGUGCGGGAUAAGACUGCUUUUGUUCCCCUGCAGCAGUUUACUGAGAUGAAUCUCCUGAGUGACUAUCGAUUUUUGGAAGAUGUGGCAAGAACAGCAGACCAGGUUUCAAGAGAUACUUUCUUGAAAAGACCAAAGCGCAAAAAAUAUCUGUUCUUUAUGAAGAAUCGUGCCCGAAAGCAAGGUAUUUACUUGAAGCUUCUACCCAAUGGAUUCAGCAAAAGGAAAGAGAAUUCCACAGUUUUUGACCAUAGGAAACAGCAGUUUUGUUGGCAUGUAAAGCUCCAGUUUCCUCAGAGUCAAGCGGAGUAUAUAGAAAAAAGAGUACCAGAUGAUAAAACUAUUAAUGAAAUUCUAAAACCUUACAUCGAUCCCGAAAAGUCUGAUCCUGUGAUUCGUCAGAGAUUGAAAGCCUACACACAGUCACAGACUGGGGUCCAAAUUUUAAUGAGGGUUGAAAAUAUGCAGCAAAAUUUGAUAAGGUAUUAUGAACUGGAUCCUUACAAAAGUCUUUUAGACAACUUGAAGAACAAAGUGAUCAUUGAAUAUCCAACUUUGCAUGUGGUGUUGAAAGGAUCUAGUAAUGACAUGCAGCUUCUUCACCAAGUGAAAAGUGAAUCUGCCCAGAAGCUUGGCAAUGAAAAUUAAGCACUGUGAAGAAGGAGGAAGUUCCCAGAUGGUUGAGAAGAUCGUGUGUUGCUGGGUGACUGGGUCUGCCAGUGGGUGGUGUGUUGUCUGUCUAAAAGUAAUUAAACAGCAUAAUGGUUUUCAGGGGGAGAAACUGCCUUUUAUUGCCUUUGAAUUAAGUGACUUAUGAAGCCUCUUUCUUCAGAAUGAGCUCCUUAUGCACCUGAUUAGUGUAGUCCCUACUAGACAUUUAAUAUGCUUAUUUCUGUAAGCUGAAAACAUACUUUAUUUGUUAGGUUGUCACAAGAUCAAACCAAAAGAUUACCUGUGUCAACCACAAAGACCACAAAGAUGGCAUUCUCUGUGGUAUCACCUCUCUGAAGAGAAUGCUUCACAGUAAAACAUCUAGAUGGGAGAAACAGCUCUCCAGGAGUUGGAUGUCCUCCUGUUUGGAUCUGUGUGAUAUACAAAGGGUUCAAAUGGAACCGAGUUGUUGCCAGGACCACUAGAAAAAUGGGGAAGCUCCACUUCACAAGAUUCAGAUUGACCCAGAUGUGAGAUUUGUUAGCACUGAAGCCGACAGGAAGGAGAGGUGGAGGAAUUGAAUUGAAUUGUCUGGGGUUGUUGAGAAAGAAGAAUAAAGUACACAGAAAGAACAUGUGAUCUGAGUGUGGGGUAGAGAGGGCUCUCCUCACAGUGAAGUCCAGUGCUUUCCUCUUAAGUCUAAGAAAAGUGUUGAGCUUUAUAAAACUGAACAACAAAGAAAAAAUUUAUUGUGCUUUUCUCUGCUUCCCAGGAACGGGGGAGCAGGGGGCUGAGUUCACCUAAAUACAACUGCCAGUUCACUUGACUAAAUGCAUAUUUA